GUUUCUGUGUAAACUGAUUCAAUGAAGAACAUCAUGUCUGAAAGCGUCUUUCUUUUGCAGUCUCGCAGAAACUUCCAUUCUUUCUGUUUGUCAGUUUUCAUUUAAAAAACAAUUAUGAUUUAAUUUCACCAGUGAACAUACACAUAUUUCACACGUUCUGCCUCCUCUUCACUUCUGAGAGGAAAACUGAGUCAUGCAGUGAUUUUGUUUUGAAAUCAGCUGACAGGAAACAGUACGCCGUGUUUCUGUUAACUUGUCGUCUCUCCAGCAGUCCGUCGCUGUUUGGUCGGGAUCAUGGACCUGGUCUUUGAGCCAGCCUGUCGCGGUGUCCUGUUCCUCCACCCUCUGCUCUGAUCCCCAGCUCCCCCCGCGGAGCAUCAACAUGCUGCUGCUGGGAAACGACACCUGCGGCUCAUCUGACCUUCCGCCGUCCAACCACUCGGAGACGGCGGAGAGCGACGGCGCGGGACCGGAGGCGGUGAUCGUGCCGGUGGUGUUCGGGCUGAUCUUCGUGGUGGGGGUGGUGGGAAACUCUCUUGUGAUGCUGGUGAUCGGGAAGGUGGGGUACCAUAGCAGAGGGAGAGACGGUGGUGGUGGGGGGACAAGUCGCUCCAGCAGCCCGACCAACGUCUUCAUCGUGAACCUGAGCGUGGCGGACCUCAGCUUCCUCCUUUUCUGCGUCCCCUUCCAUGCCACCGUCUACUCCCUGCCGGAGUGGGUGUUCGGAGCCUUCCUCUGUAAAUUCGGGCACUACUUCUCCACCGUCAGCAUGCUGGUGAGCAUCUUCACGCUGGUGGCCAUGUCUGUGGACCGCUACAUUGCCGUGGUGCGCUCCAGAAAGUCUCCGAGCGUCCGGAGCCGCAGGAACGCGCUGACCGGUCUGUGCAUCAUAUGGACGCUGUCUUUGCUGUGCUCGGUGCCGGUGGCCCAGCACCAAGUCCUCACCAACCACCCCGCCGCCCCCAACAACUCCUUUUGCUGGGAAAAGUGGUCCGGAGCCUCCAAGCAGUCGUACAAGGUGACCAUUCUGUUGAUCGGAUAUCUUCUGCCACUGCUGCUGAUCAGCUGCUGCUACACAAAGGUUUUACUUCAUCUACAUAAAAAGAUGAAGAACAUGUCCAAGAAGUCUGAGCGUUCCAAAAGAAAGACGGCUCAGACAGUUCUCCUGCUUGUCACCGCCUUCACCAUCUGCUGGAUGCCCCACCACAUCAUCGCUAUGUGGGUGGAGUUCGGCAACUUCCCCCUGACUGACGCCUCCUUUGCCUUUCGCAUCAUCUCCCACUGUUUGUCUUAUGGAAAUUCUUGCAUCAACCCCGUGCUCUACGCCUUUCUGUCUGAGAACUUCCGCAAGGCCUGCAGUCAAGUCUUCACCUGCUGUUUCCUGUACCCGCCGCCACCCAACAGCAAAGUGGUCCGUUUCCGCAUGGAGACCUUCUCCUCCACGCACUCCACCAAUGUAUGAAGGACAGGGGAACAGGAUCUGAUCAGUAACAAGGACUAAAGGAUUUUCUCCAGUGGGAAUAAGAAGAGAGAGGAGAGAGAAGAGUUUCUACGACAGGUUUUGGGUCACAUGACAACAGGACAGCUUGUGAUUGGCUGAUGACUAUCUGUGGACAGUCUGCACUUGUCUGGUUGUAUGAGAACAGAAAAUGGAAGCUCAUUAAUGACAGGAUUAUGAACUGAUGAGGAAAAUGCUGAACAUAUUCAGUCUUUUUCAAACAGAUAUCAUUAGCCCCAUUUUCAGUUUUUUACCAAUAAAUCAGUCAACAAACAGUUUGAUCUUGUUCAGAGAAAUGGGGUAUGUGCACACAACUGCAGUGGUCUCAAAAAUUAAGAGAAUCUUUGCUGGGCUAUAAAAAACAGACAAAUUUUCUCUGUCCAUGAAGAAACACUGACUGUAAUCCUCUUGUUUAGCAGAAUUUUGUUAAAAUAUUUUAUUGUGUCUUAUGUUUAAAUCUGUGUUUGUUUCACCUGCUAAAAGACAAGCUGAUGGAUUUCACUGGACACCAGAGAUUCA